AUGGCCCUGCUGCUGACUCCUCUGCUCGCCCUGGCCGCGCUCUGGUUGGCCCCGACGGUGCGCGCCCGGCCGCUGUCGGACGCCGGCCCGCACGUCUAUUACGGCUGGGGGGACCCCAUCCGCACGCGGCACCUCUACACCGCCAGCCGGCAUGGGCUGGCCAGCUUCUUCCUGCGGAUCCAUCGCGACGGCCGCGUGGACGGCAGCCGGAGUCAGAGCGCGCUAAGUUUGCUGGAGAUCAAGGCGGUAGCUCGGCGGCUUGUGGCGAUCAAGGGCGUCCGCAGCUCUCGGUACCUGUGUAUGGGAGACGCCGGGAAGCUCCAGGGAUCGGUGAGGUUCUCCGCUGAAGACUGCACGUUCGAGGAGCAGAUCCGUCCCGACGGCUACAACGUGUACCUGUCCCCCAAGUACGGCCUCCCGGUCUCCCUGUGCAGCGACAGGCAGAGGCAGCAGUUCCACGGCAAGGACUUCCUGCCUCUGUCGCACUUCUUGCCCAUGAUCAGCUCCACGCCGCUGGAGGCCGAGGACUCCGGGGGGCCCGGAGAGGCCUUUGACUCGGACCUGUUUUCCCCGCCGCUAGAGACCGAUAGCAUGGACCCCUUUGGCUUUGCCUCCAAACUGUCGCCUAUAAAGAGCCCCAGCUUCCAGAAGUAACCGCGGCCCCUGCCAGGAUUCGGACCCGGGGCCGGGGUCCUUCUCUCGGCCUCCUG